AUGGUAACCCAAACAGAAGCCGAAAACUUUAACCGGACAAUCAAACUCCUAGAGGAACUGGUAGAGAUUCCGAAAAGAGUUACCAAGGUCGGCGGUAGUAAUCUAGAGCACUACUUGGUCAUUUUGCGAGAAGUAUUCGACGUGCUAUCUAAAUACAUCCCUGAGCUGCAGGGCCAAGUUCUUACCCAAGACACUCAACGACUCCUGGCAUCAGGGGCUACAAUUAAGUCCGAAACCGUAGAGCAGCUCAGAAAUUGCUUGCUCAAUGCACCUCAAUAUGCAAAAGCGUCGGGACACAAGGAGGCACCCCCGAUCCCACCCAAGAAGGAUAGCAAGCCUAAGCUUGAGAUUGAAGAUGUAGGCGAAGGCGAUACUCGUCGCUGCACUACCUUUGAGAACGAAGUCGUAGAAUCAUUUAUCAACCUUUUCCUGGCUCUUGACGAAUCUCCACCUGCGACACCUCCUCGACCAGACCUACGCACAAGAGCGGUUCGUCCUUCCCAAGGCUCCUCUUCCCAGCGCCCAAAGAAAACUCCCCCACCCAGUCCACACCAGUCGCCUAAGGGCAAGGAAAAGAUGUCACAGGAGCAAAGUACAAAAGACCCUUAG